AUGUCAGGAUCCAUCAAGUCUCAGAACUCACAGGGCUCCAACAACCAGUCGUAUUCGGGGAAAGUGACAGAUACGCCGCUCCCCGUAACGUUUCCGGUCAAGCCUGACCCACCGUCUACUCCACCGUCAUCAGUCCUGGACGAUGCAAGCCUGGAGCGGCUACAAGCUCGGCUCAAUACGGAUCUCUCAUUUCUGGCGUCCUCCAUCGCCGACCGCGAUGGACGAGUUGGAUCCCUCGAGAAGGAGCUGGCUGCAUGCCGUGGAGAGAUCAGAUCGCUACGGAUAGCGCUUAGCGAAGCUUCUACAAGCACGUCGACGGCCAAUCAGCGAGCGGAAGCGGCCGAGAGGCGUGCCGCUGCAGCUGAGGCUCUGGCGGAAGAAGAACGACGAAGGUGCAAAGCAUGCGUGGAGGAGGCAGAGGAGCGUGCGGCGACUGCGGCGUCACGAGAGCAGUCCUAUCGCGAAAAGGCGGAAGAAGCGGAUAGGAAGGCGGACGAGGCGCUCCAGCAAGCAGCGGAGGCCGACGAGAGGGCGGAUGUUGCGCAAAAGAGAGCCAGCGAGUCUCACCAACAGGAGCUGAUGGUACGAGCUAGCCUGGAAGCUGCAUACGUCCGUCUACACGCAGUUGAGGAUCAGGCCCUUCGGUUGGAAGGGGAGUUGAAGGACGCAAGGGAGGCGUUGACGCAAGAGACGGCUAGGGCUGGCGAGCUAGUCUCGAAGUUGGAUGAGUCUGGACAGCGUGCGUCUGAGGCGGAAGUGGAAGCAAGAGCGGCCGAAGAAGAGUUGAAGCGAGUGCUGGCCAGAGCGGAGGCGGCGGAGCGAAGGGUAGCGAGCACAGAAGAAGAGGUCGCCGCUGCCAGGCAAGGGUGGUCAGAUGCCGAAUCAAGAGCCUCCGAUGCGGAAGAUAGGACGCGAACCACUCUGCAUGAAGUAGAGGAGGUGAAGUCAGCGGUACGCUACUGCGAAGCUGAACUGCAAGAGGCCACUACCACCCUGGUCAGAACGGAGCACUUACUGCAUGACGCCGAGGCCAGGGUGGUUGAAUUGCAAACGAAGGCCGAUACAGCCCAUGCUACCUGGAUGGAGGCUAGCGAGAGAGCGGAUGCGGCGGAAAGGAGAGUCGCGGACCUCGUAGAACAACUCAGGAUCCGCGCUUUUGAGGCAGACCAGGCCCUCCAAGACGCCGAGCGCCAUCUCCAGCAGGCCGAAGAGCGAGCUCGUCAGGCCGAGUUGAUGGCACAGGAGACUGUCGAGUCUUCGCAGAUUAACGUCGCUACCGCCAUGCAGUCUACGAUGGACGCUGAUGUUCGUGCGGACGCGGCCGAGAACAGGGCGCGAGAAGCAAUGACGAGGGCCCGGAAAGCGGAGGAGUCCAAGACUGAGGAGAAGUGUCUGAAGGAAGCGGAGGAGGCCCGGGCCCUAAAGGCAGAGACGCUCUUGCAAGAGUUGUUGAAGGAACUCACUCCACGCACAGAAGCCAGCUCCGGCUGCGUUAUCCAGUAG